AUGGUCGAUGCAGCCGAGGUGCAGGCAUUGGAGGCUCUGGUCGGAAAGCUGAAGGAGGAUCCAUCUUUGAUCUAUGACCCCAAGCUGGCAUUCUUCAAGGAGUUCGUUCUCAGCUGGGGCGCCAAGGUCCCGGAAGCGAAGCCGAAGACACCCAGAAAGGAGGAGCCGAAGGCCCCAGAGCCUGCUGCACCUGAUGAGGAUGAAGAGGAGGAGGAGCCUGAAGAGCCCGACGACCCAGACCCAGAACGGCUGGACGAGGAUCCUGAGCCAUAUCCUACGCAAGGACCGUCGGAUGACGUUGAACUCAGUGAAGCUCAGCUUGACAAACAGGGUGAGCUGAAGCAGGCGGCAGCAGAGGCAAUUGAGGACGGCAACCUGCCCAAGGCACUUGAGAAGCUGACCGAGGCGGCAGCGGGAUGUGCCAGGAACUACGAUGGAGGCUCGCACAUGGUGUCCAAGCAGCAGCUGGAGGAGGCAUUGGCUCGCUUCAACGAGGUCGGGGCAACCUCCGUGCAGUCGUUGCCCCUCGGCUGCGAAGCCUGGAAGCAGUCCUUCAGCAUCGCCGCGGCCCUGCUCCGGGGUGUUCAUCAGCACGUUCCCCGGGUGGUGAGGAGCGUGGAGUUUGCGGAGGGCGAAGACUGCAAGCCUCACUACUCGAAGUUGUCUAGUGGAGGCCGAGGAGUUGUGGCAACAGUCUGCGUGAAGCUUUCCCAGAAGGAGGUCUACGGUGAGAUCGCCACCAGAUCUCGAAUCGGCGCUUACGUGAGACUAGGAUCAGAGGUCAUCUUCGCACAUCAUGAACCACCAGCAGACCUAAGUACAAAGCCACUUCUUCUCGAAGUUUACGGCUUUGAUUUUCCGGUGUUGCCAGAGACGAUCAAGCUGCGGCGGCACCUGAAGCAAGUCCUGGGUCAGGAAUACUCGAGAAAAUCAGCAGCAGCAUGGUAUGAGAAGCACAAGGAUGAGUUCUGCCCGCUCAAGGAUUCUAAACUGCGACGAAUCCUUGCAUCCGUUUUUGAAGUGCAUUCGCUGAUGUUCCUACCGGAGUGGGCCGUGAGCCGUGCGCUGUGGGGCAUGCUCAACAUUUGCACACUUUCGUACGUCGGCUUCGAAUUUUGGGACGAAGGGAAGAAUGGCAUCAGAGUCACAGUGCAAUCUAGCCCGCCUGCCGAUCCAGAUGACGUAGAAUGCCUGCAGAACGCGCGUGACCUUUUCCAGCUCCAGGCAUCUGCGCCGGGCGACCGGCAAGUUGGUGAGCGGCUUUUCAAGUCGGGCUACAGCGUCGGGUCCAUGAAUUUUGGACGGGCAUUGGGACAUCCUGGGGCCAAGCCCGACGUGAUUGCCAAGUUGUUUUCAGCGGCAAAUCUGUGGGGACCAGCCAAAUCAGGCUGGCAAAGUUUUGAUGACACCUGGCUAUGCACCGACCGAAGAGAUCAUUUGGGUCAAGUAGCGGAAGAGCAAGGCCGAAUAAUUUGGAUUACUCCUGGUGCGGGUCGAAUUCCAACUACGCCGGAGCAGCGCGAGGGCGAAGUUCUUGCUCAUGAGGCGGACUGCGCUUGUGUCAGCUAUGAAGCGGACACAGCGACACCGAAGACGUGGCUGCGGCCCACCCUCAUUCUGCUGGCAGUCACAUGCCUUCUUCUCACUUUCCUGCGGGCCCUUUCGAGUGUCUUGCAGGCUUACGGCCGACACUGA